UUUGUUCCGCCUAAUUGUGAAAGGGUAUUAUCUUCCUGAUCCAGAAAAUCACAGUAGGAGGGUUUUGGAAGAACCACAAAAGCAAAAAUGGCUUCCUCUCUCAUGGCGACUCAAACCACUCUUCUUCUCCGCAACCACCGCAUCGACGCCGCCUUCCCUCUCCCCUCACCCCGCUCUCACCUCCAUCUCACCAUCUCUAAACCCAAUUUUCUCCCCUUUUCCCCUCUCCCCAAACCCUUCAAUUCCAGAAUAUCCGCCUCCAUCUCCGCACCGCCAACACCCGCGGUGACUAAAUCCCCCAAUCUUCCGAAGCCGCCUCCGGAAAUCCUAUCCGGCGCGACCCGGACCGUCACGACGCUGGUCGCCAUCGGUCUCACCGCCUCCAAAUUCCUCGCCCACGGACUCCUCAAUCUGGCGGUGCAAUUGAGGGAGCCUCUUCUCCGCAACGCGGGGCCCGCCUUCUUCGCGGCGGCCAAGGACGUACCGACGGGGUCGCUGAACACGCCGUUCACGGUGGUGGCGGCGGGGAUGGCGAAGUGGCUCGAUUUGUACAGCGGGGUUUUGAUGGUGCGGGUGCUGCUGAGUUGGUUCCCCAACAUCCCCUGGGACCGCCAGCCGCUCUCAGCAAUUAGGGAUUUGUGCGAUCCCUAUUUGAACCUCUUCAGGAACAUAAUUCCCCCAAUUUUCGACACGCUGGAUGUGAGCCCGCUCCUCGCCUUCGCUGUUCUGGGAACGCUCGGCUCGAUUCUCAACAGCAGCAGGCAGUCUUAUUGAUUGGGGUAAUGCUACUGAAUUUUACAGCAGUUUUGAAUUGUGGAUUGCAAUUACACUGUAUGUCGGAUUUAGAUGAAUUAAGAGCUAUGACUUUCAUAUAUUUCUCAAUGUUGCAGUUUUGUUGAUUGAUCAA